AUGGCGGCGAAGCAGCAGGCCGUCGCGGCCUCCGGCCACACCAAGAUGGGGGAGGAGAAGCUGAUCAUCCGGCGGGAGAAGGUGAGGUUCAUCGACGUCCUGUCGAUGCUGUUCCUGCGGCGCCCCAUCACGAGCUACGCGUUCGUGGAGGCCGGCGACCGGACCGCCGCCGACUUCGGCAGCACGCCGGGCGACUGGCUCGUCGCGCUCACGCAGCUCAUCCAGAAGGCGCUGGACGCCGCCUACUACCCGGCUCUCGUGAUCGGCGCCGUCGUCGAGUUCCUCCUCAACUUCGUCGCGCUCAACAAUGGCAUACUCGGCAUCUUUCUCAACAUCUUCAAAUGUAAGCUGGUGAUCCCACACCGGGAGGCGCCCAACUUCCGGUCCAUGAUCGGGCUGAUCGACGGCAGGACGGAGCUGAAGCCGCUGCCGGCCGGGGGCGGCCCCGAGGACCGGCGGCUGCAGGUGGUGGGCGUCUCUGCCACCGGCGACGACGACUACUACGUGGGCGUGGAGAGCGGCGGCGGUAGCACGGGCACGGCAGUGGUGCCGCUGGUGCAGCAGCAGUACGUGAACGGGCGGCUGAUCCGGCUGCGCACCUUCAGCAUCUUCGAGGUGAGCAUGAUGGCCGCCAAGAUCGCCUAUGAGAACGCCGCCUACAUCGAGAACGUCGUCAACAACGUCUGGAAGUUCCACUUCGUGGGUUUCUACAACUGCUGGAACAAGUUUGUGGGCGACCACACGACGCAGGCGUUCGUGUUCACCGACAAGGCGAGCGACGCGAGCGUGGUGGUGGUGUCGUUCCGGGGCACGGAGCCCUUCAACAUGAGGGACUGGUCCACGGACGUGAACCUCUCAUGGCUAGGCAUGGGCGUUCUGGGCCACGUCCACGUCGGCUUCCUCAAGGCGCUCGGUCUCCAGGAGGAGGACGGCAAGGACGCCGCCAAGGCGUUCCCCAAAGCCUCCCCCAACGCCGUCCAGGGCAAACCCCUCGCCUACUACGCGCUGCGCGAGGAGCUCAAGAAGCAGCUCAAGGCGCACCCGAACGCCAACGUGGUGGUGACCGGCCACAGCCUGGGCGGCGCGCUGGCGGCGAUCUUCCCGGCGCUGCUGGCGUUCCACGAGGAGCGCGACGUCCUGGACCGCCUCCUGUCCGUGGUCACCUACGGGCAGCCGCGCGUCGGGGACAAGGUGUUCGCCGACUACGUGCGCGCCAACGUGCCCGUGGAGCCGCUCCGCGUGGUGUACCGCUACGACGUGGUGCCCCGUGUCCCGUUCGACGCGCCGCCCGUCGCCGAGUUCGCGCACGGCGGCACCUGCGUCUACUUCGACGGCUGGUAUAAGGGCCGGGAGAUCCCUAAGGGAGGCGACGAGCCGAAUCCGAACUACUUUAACCCCAAGUACCUGCUGUCCAUGUAUGGCAACGCCUGGGGCGAUCUGUUCAAGGGCGCCUUCCUGUGGACCAAGGAGGGCAAGGACUACCGCGAGGGCGCCGUCUCACUGCUCUACCGCGCUACCGGCCUGCUCGUGCCGGGCAUCGCGUCGCACAGCCCGAGAGACUACGUCAAUGCCGUCCGCCUCGGCAGUAUCGCCACGGGCAAGGAGGAGGUCUGA